CCAAGUCACCAGUCACCAACGCCAAAACCACCUCUCCUCCCUUGGUUCCCCACACACACUCAAAAACCAGAAGUGUUCAUCAAUGGCAGGUAUGUAUUCCUCCACAAGACCUUCAUCAUCAUCCUCAUCUUCAUCAUCACAUUCACCACCACAAUCUUCUCAAACAUUCAAUUCCAAAAUCCUACUCUUACUCACACUUCUCCCGCUCUCGCUCGCACUCUUCGCAUUCGUUCUCCAAUGGCGCGGUGAAAUCGACGAUCCCACCACGCGUUGGAGCCCUAAGGAUCGCCUCGAGUUCCCCGGGAUGGAUGCUUCCACUUCUUCUCAACAUGUUACGCGAAGAUCUUCCUCCACUUGUGCGGAGAUUUUAGGUCAAAGUCGCUCCCUCUCCUUUCCCUAUUUUAGGGAUUGGAACUUCAAUUACACGUCCGAUCUGAAACCUAAGAUAUGCAUCACUACAAGCACUUCUGCAGGCUUAGAGCAAAUAUUACCAUGGAUUUUUUAUCAUAAAGUUAUUGGUGUAUCAACAUUCUUUCUGUUUGUGGAAGGAAAAGCAGCAUCCCCAGGUGUAUCUAAAGUCUUGGAGUCUAUCCCUGAUGUAAAAUUGAUAUAUAGAACAAGAGAACUUGAAGAACAACAAGCCAAGAGUCGAAUAUGGAAUGAGACAUGGCUGUCAAGCUUCUUCUACAAACCAUGCAACUACGAAUUGUUUGUCAAGCAAUCCCUCAAUAUGGAAAUGGCUAUCGUUAUGGCAAGGGAAGCUGACAUGGACUGGAUCCUGCAUUUGGACACUGAUGAGUUGAUACAUCCAGCUGGCACUCGUGAAUACUCUCUCAGAAAGCUUUUGUCAGAUGUCCCAAAAUAUGUUGAUAUGGUUGUGUUUCCAAAUUAUGAGAGCAGUGUUGAACGAGAUGACAUAAAGGAUCCUUUCAGUGAGGUUUCAAUGUUCAAGAAGAAUUAUGACCAUCUUCCAAAAGACACUUACUUUGGAAAUUACAAAGAAUCAACUCGUGGUAAUCCUAACUACUUCUUAACAUAUGGAAAUGGGAAAUCUGCAGCGCGUGUCCAACAUCAUCUUCGUCCUAAUGGUGCACACAGAUGGCACAAUUACAUGAAGACUCCAAAUGAGAUAAAAUUGGACGAGGCUGCUGUUCUGCAUUACACCUACACCAAAUUUUCAGAUUUGACAUCAAGGCGUGACCGUUGUGGCUGCAAACCUACAAAAGACGAUGUUAAACGAUGUUUCAUGUUAGAAUUUGACAGAUCUGCUUUUAUAAUUGCAUCAACUGCAACAGAGGAGGAGAUGCUAAGCUGGUAUCGUGAACAUGUCGUAUGGACUGAUAAAGCUUUAAACAUGAAACUCAUGAGGAAGGGAAUUUUGACCCGCAUUCAUGCUCCAAUGGUGAUCAUACAAGGAUUAAGAGAAUCUGGCACGUUCUCUUCUUUAAUUGUGUCUGCACAAAACACUUCAUCUAGGGCGGAGCUUUUGUCGAGCGUUACCGAUGAUAAUACUUCCUCUAAAGUCUUUGAAGGGAAGAAUGAUGACAAAACAACAGAAGCUGGAUUGACUGGUAGGAAAGUUCUAGAAGUAUCUGAUAUAGUUCUAUCUGCAGUUCCACCACUUUCACCACCAACUAUAAAUGAUGAUGAUGAUAUAUGAAUGAUUGUUUAGUACGAGUGUUCCCGAUCUAUAACCAAGCGUGAUGUACAUGUUAGGCGGAGAUUACAUAGAUUAGAUUCACAGAGGUUGAGCACGGAUAUUAUUUACGGCUCUAGUUUCCUAUUGAUGCACUCGGCUUAUUUGUCAACAUUGGUUUAUCAGGUAUACAAAUAUAUGGUUUUGCUCUUUUGGAAA